AUGGGGCUUGAGUUCGAUAUUUUCGUUCAAAACGCGCUAAUUUCAAUGUAUUUUCAAUGUGGGUUUGUUGAGUUUGGUAGUAGAGUGUUUGAUUUGGUUCCGGGCUGGAUUCGGGAUGUGGUGACUUGGAAUAGUAUGAUUUCUGGAUAUUUACAGAGUGAUUCUUGUGAAAAAGCAUUGAAGCUGUUUGGGGAAUUGUUGUGUGAUAGCAAUGUAAGCCCUAAUGAGGUGACUUUAGUGAGUGCUAUAACGGCAUGUGCAAGGAUUGGAUUGCUUGAUUUGGGGAGGAAAAUUCAUGGGUUAAGUGUGGUUAGUGGGUUUGUUGUUGAUGUGUUUUUGGGUUCUUCUUUGAUUGAUAUGUACGCAAAAUGUGGGCGAUUAGAGGAUGCUCAAAAGGUUUUUGACAGAAUUACAGAUAGAAAUAUAGUAUGUUGGACAUCAAUGAUAGCUGGCUAUGUUCAGUUGGAUUUAUUUAAGGAAGCGAUAGAGUUGUUCAGGGACAUGCAGGUUGUUGGUGUUCAAGCAGAUUCUGCAACCGUUGCUUGUGUUGUUUCUGCAUGCGGGCAUUCGGGAGCAUUAGAUCAGGGGAGGUGGGUGCAUAGCUAUUGCGAAAGGAACGGCAUUGAGCAAAACCUUACGGUAAAGAAUGCUUUGAUUGACAUGUAUUCUAAGUGUGGCGAUAUUGAAAAAGCUGUUGAGAUUUUUCAUGGGUUGAUGCGUAGAGAUGUUUAUUCAUGGAGUGCAAUGAUUUCUGGGCUUGCCAUGAAUGGACAGUCUGUCAAAGCAUUGCAAUUGUUUUCACAAAUGGAAAUCUUAAGUGAAAUUAGGCCAAAUGAGGUAACAUUUCUUGGGGUCUUAUCUGCCUGUAGUCAUGGCGGAUUAGUGGAUGAGGGGUUUUACUACUUGGAAACAAUGGCUCAACGCUAUAAUCUUACCCCUCGCAUUGAACACUACGGGUGUAUGGUUGAUGUUCUUGGUCGUGCAAACCUUUUGGUCGAGGCUGAGAAGUUUAUCAGGUCACUGCCCCUUGAGCCUGACAUUAUAAUGUGGAGAUCCCUGCUUUUUGCUUGUAGAAGCCAUGGGAAUUUGGAAUUGGCAGAAUUUGCUGCCAACAAAAUAGAGGAAUCGGAACUAGAAAGAUGUGGGGCACAUGUUCUAUUGUCCAAUGUUUAUGCCUCUGCCUCAAGGUGGAGCGAUGUGAAGAGGGUAAGGAAAGGUAUGGCUGUUCAGGGUAUCCAGAAGCAGCCAGGUUGCUCUUUUAUUGAAAUAGAUGGUAUAGUUCAUGAAUUUUUGGUUGCUGAUGAUUCCCGUUGUCAGAUAGAAGUCAUAAGAGAAUCAAUUUUGGGGAUUAAUAAAGUUCUGCGAUCUGAAGUGUUUGACCCAGAUAUCUUGGAUUGUUAG